CGGCAGAGGGAGGAGGGAGAGACGGGUCCGGCCUGCCCCUGGGGCGGGGCGGUCGGUCGGGAAGACAACAACCCGAACCCGGCGGCACGAAGGAGCAGCUCGCUGCCGGAGGGAGCCGCGCCGAGUCCAGCCCAAGCAGCUUAGAUGUCCAUGAGGAGCCCUGCCUCUCCUCAGCUGGAGCUCAAUGGAGCUGGGAACAUGGUGAACUGUGCCAUUAAAACAGAGGAGAAGAACGAGAACUACUUCAAGUCUACACAGGGAGAGGCAACUAGUACCAGACUUGGUUCUGAGAAACUGCAGAAAUCGCCAUUACUGCUGUGUGAAGUCAAUGAUCCUCAAACCCUCCCGAAGGAAUCACCAUAUCUAGUGGACAAGGCAUUAGAUUCCAGUAACCCAUUUGGAACUACAGUUAACAAUCGGGAAAAAUUGGAUUUCAAUAAAAACCUAAAAGAAGUAAUGCCGACUAUUGAGAAGCUAUUGUCCAGUGACUGGAAAGAGAGACUUCUGGGGAAAAGUCCCAUGGAAACCAAAGAAGUGAAAGGAACUCAGGAAAGCCUGGCAGAAAAGGAGUUGCAGCUGUUGGUCAUGAUUAACCAGCUGUCCAUCCUGCGGGACCAGCUGUUGACGGCCCAUUCUGAGCAGAAGAACAUGGCAGCCAUGUUGUUUGAGAAACAGCAGCAACAGAUGGAGCUAGCCAGACAGCAGCAAGAACAGAUUGCCAAGCAACAGCAACAACUUAUCCAGCAACAACACAAGAUCAACUUGCUACAACAACAAAUCCAGCAGGUCAACAUGCCCUAUGUAAUGAUUCCAGCCUUUCCCCCCGGCCACCAGCCUCUUCCAGUCACCACAGAUCCUCAAAUGGCACUUCCCAUUCAGCCAAUCCCUUGCAAACCAGUUGAGUACCCCAUGCAACUGCUACACAGCCCCCCUCCUUCAGCACUGAAGAGACCUGCAAGUUCAGGCCACCUACAAAUCCAGGAGUCUUCACAGCCGCUGAACUUAACAGCAAAAUCCAAAGGCUCAGAGCUUCCCAAUUCUUCCAGCUCACCUAGUUUGAAGAUCAGCAACUGUCAGUCUCUUACUCCAAAUCAUGGACCUUCCCAGGAGCUGCAGACCAGCCCUCCCAGUCUUCCUCUAGGGUUCCUUGGAGAGGGGGACGCUAUCACCAAAGCAAUUCAGGAUGCCCGACAACUUUUGCACAACCAAAGCAGAGCAACAGAUGGCUCUCCAAAUCAUUCCUACAGGAAGGACCAUGCUAGCAUGGAUUCUUCACCUGCAAAAGAACAGAUAGAAGAAACAUCUUUGCAGAGACUGGAUGAAUCCGUGUUAACCUGUGAUGGGGAUGGGUCAAGGCAUUUCCCAGAAUCCAGAAACAACAAUCACAUAAAGCGCCCCAUGAAUGCAUUCAUGGUGUGGGCCAAGGAUGAGAGGCGCAAGAUUUUGCAGGCUUUCCCAGACAUGCACAAUUCAAGCAUCAGUAAGAUUCUAGGUUCUCGGUGGAAAUCCAUGUCAAACCAGGAGAAGCAGCCCUACUAUGAGGAACAGGCACGGCUCAGUCGUCAGCACCUGGAAAAGUAUCCCAAUUACAAAUAUAAGCCUCGCCCAAAGCGCACUUGCAUUGUAGAAGGGAAGCGGCUCCGUGUGGGUGAAUACAAGGCACUGAUGAGGAACCGGCGGCAAGACGCCAGGCAGGGCUACCUGAUUGCGCCGCAGGGCAGCCAGAGGCCACCCUCCUCUUCAGAUCUCAUGUACCAACAUUCGGUUGGAAUUCAGCUACCUCCACCCCUGAUGGAUCACUACUUGCCCCAUGGCAUGGAACCCAACAUGCCAGUCAUUAUCAACACGCGAAGCCUGAAGCCAGAGGAAGGGGAUGGGGAUGGGGCUGAGGACAGCCAUUUGGUGCCCGAUGGGGAGAUGUACCACUACAGUGAAGAGGAGGACUCAGAGGGCGAGGACAAGAGUGACAACGAGUUGGUGGUUCUCACAGACUGAGCCAAUGGUGUGUGCAGGGUGGGAUGGGGAUGAUGGGUAGGGCAUUUCUGGAAAUGGCUGGUGAGGAGUUCCAUCAACUUUUGAGGUCUUUUGAAAGAAGGAACUGGAUGGGAAGGAAGUCCUGGAGAGUUUCGUUCAGGCUGUCUGACUUGGGUAAGUCAGAGGCUACUCUAGACUCUCCUGCAUUGUGGUCAAAAGUGACUGAGAAAGGUGGCAGCCAAACCUGGAUGGUUGUACAGGGACUGCUCCAUCUAUAGAUGGUCACAGGUUCGAUCCUCCGUGGCUUCACUGGGAAAUAUAUUGUCCUGAAGGGUCAGAGUAGACAACACUGGAUUUGAUGGGACAGUGGUCUGGCUCAGUUUAAAGCAGCUUCAUCUGUGUUGAACACAAAGAUGAACGUGAAAAUAAUGAAGGGAGGCCAAUGUGUCUACUAAUCAUGCUCUUCCUUCUCUUUCUGUAUCUUGAAAACCUAGUGUGUAGCCAGCUCAACUGAGUCCUGUACCUGUUCACAGCCUGACCAGCUGCUCCAGCCUAUAGGAGCCCCACACAGUUGCCAGCAUUCAACCAAUCUCUCUGGGGCCUUUCCAGUUUGCAAAAACCAAAUAUCCGGGUGGAACACUUGUUCUCUCUUUGUUCCGGAUGUCAGCCAGUUUUGCUACACCCCCCCUUCACUUUGUCCUGUGUUUGUUUCUUUCUACUCCCACUGGCUCUGCCAGUAAAUUCCCAUGGAGCCAUUUUUAGCUCUGGACUUGAAUGAAUAACAACUGAGAGGUCCCAGAGGGGCCCUCUAUACCCUUGGCAGCCCUAGCCCAGCUUGUAAAUUAAGCCACUGCCCAUUUUCCCUCCUGUACUUGUUUGCUUGCCAGUUCUCAGUAUGCACAGCAGGAGAGGCGGCCCAGAGACAGUGGUGGCAGCAGCAGCAGCAGCAGCAGCAAUCUGACUAGCUUCUCAGAGGACAGAUCAUACAGCUUCUAGUGUAUUUGGGGGAGAAAGUGGGAAUUCCCUUUGGAGGUGACUGAAUGAGUUAUUCUGACUAUUAUAAGACUGGUAGGAUUAUCAAUCAUUUCUGAAAGUUCAUUCUCCCUCUUCCAAGAAACAUCAUAACUGCAACCCAAGUAAUCGCACAAAUACUCUUGAGUUUGAACACAUCUGUGUUCAAUAGUGUCUCCUGCAUCCCUCUUACCAAUUUAUUCUCUCCAUUAUCCUCUUUUGACAUUGGCACUAACACUCCUGGUAUUGAUUUAAAUUAGCUAAACCUGGGAUGGGCAGACAGUGGCACCUCCUGGUAGAUGCUUAGGAGAUCAGCAGGCUUUCUGACACCAAAAUGGCUUAACAGUAACAGCAGUGCUGAAAUGAGAGAAGCGUAGGGUAGGCAGGAGCAAACAUUUGUUGAAAGAGCCAAAAGUUCAGACACUUUUGAAAAACAAUUUUCUAAGUUCAUAACGUGCUUGGAGAUGCUAUGUUAAUUUAUUCUAAAUUACUUUCACCUUCCUCUGGUUACUAAGUCUUGGGGUCCUAAUUUAAAAAAAAGACAACAACCCAUAAACAAAAACAGAGUAGAUUGAAGAAACUUAAUUUGUUCUUUAAUCAAAUUGUUCAUGGCCAGUGAGUGAAGAAUGCUUAAUGUUAACAUAUGAAAAAUGGCUAGAAGGCCAGUGGCAUGGAAGGAGGUAAAGGGGAUGUGGAGUCCUUUUUCAAAAAAUGAGCGAGCAAAAGUGUGUGUUUGUGCACUUGCAUAUGUAUUUACACACAAUCCCUUUCCCCAUAUUUUGUCUUCACAUCAUCACACUUAGAUGACCAUUUUAAACUUUUUGUCCAUUUAAGCUGACCUUGACUUGUUCCCUAAUGAAUAUUGCUGCAGCAUAUAGUAGCAAAAUGCUUUAAAGUCUCAAUGUGGAAGGCUUUUGCUCCCUGCUGGAAGAAGCUGGAAUGGCACCAAGACAGCUAAAGUGGUGAAGGUCCGGCUUUACUUUGUCACAUCUAUGUAAUCUACUUUUUUUUGGUGGUGGGAGAGACAGGAAUAUAGCUUACUCCAUUUUUUGGAUGCAGGGCCAGCCAUAUUAAUGCAACCUAUAAAAGUUUAUCAGGGUGCAUGCAUACUGUAGCUUUUCAGUUUAGAUAAAUAAAAUGGAGCAGGAAAGGAAAAAAAAAGAAGAGGAAAAUUGUUUGAAUGGAAAUAUCUCAUUCCAAAACCACUGCCCACUUCCAUUUCUAAUAUGAAUGAGACCUAUUUGCAGGAAAAGCUCCAAGUCAUUUGCAAAACCAUUUCAAAAUGUCUUCUUAUGUGCAAAGUUAGGAAAACAGUAAAAAUUAAUCAUUUAUUUUCAUAAGAUACAAUGGGGACCAACCUUUCAUAAUCUUUCUUGCUGUAAAGGCACUGUGAGGAGAAAAGUAUGGUAUUCUCUUUUUUAAAAAAUUAAGACAACUGCUCUUGCACUUGACAAUAUAUACACAAAAUUCACAAAAGUCAAUACAUUAGGGAGCUUCCCAAUGAAACUGUUAAUGUGUCAUCUCCAUGAUUUCAUGUAAGACUAGUAAAGUUCCAGAAGGUAGCAUCAUCCAUGUUGUUUUCCAUGACUCUUUAUGCACUCUUUGUUUUGUAGGUGUGGAUAGAAAUAUGUGCCAUUGGAGCACAGUGGGAGUUGUCGUCUCUGGAGAAAGUGGAUGAUAUGUGCUAGCUGUGACUUUCUCUUUCAGAGAAUUAACAAAUAAGGAAAAUCCACCUAGCAAAUGUUCUACACAGGUAAUUACACUGAAUAGAUCAGGGUUGACUGGUGCUGGUUGUGAAAUUGACUGGAGAUUGAGCAUUCUCAAAUGAAAUUACUGGACUUAAAUCCUUAUCAGUAGCUAUGCUUACACAGAAGCAAGCUUAUCUUAAAUUUUCAUUCUGCUUGCUGUAGUUAAUUUUAAAGAUCAUGUUAUGAUAGAAUAGCACGACCAAAAGAUGGGGAAAAUCAAGUUGGCACAAAUCUGACUUGGUCUGGCAAUGAAAAUGGCUUUAGAAGUCAAGGAAAUUAAUAGCCAAAACCUGUUGAGAUUACAGUGGUGCCUCGACUUACAAACUUAUUUGGUUCCGGAACUAUGGUUGUAACUCGAAAUGGUCAUA